AUGGCCCGGAACCCAUUGACGCAGAGUGGAAAGAAGGAGGCUUCCACAUCCCUUUUGCUCUCGACACGCAACACUCCAAUCUCAUCUCACGAUGGUGGUCUAAAUGAUGCAUCGUUCUGGCCAAACCAUCCUCGUCCCCUAGCCAUUUCGUGGUCCGACUUUUCUCUGGGAUUCCUUCCGCUGGUUGUCGUUCCAGUUCCAUUCAUCACUCUCGCUGUUUACAUGUACCAAUUGAACAAUCAGCCAAUUUCAUCACAUGGAGGAGAUGUUCUUGAUGCCAUGGGCGUGGCAUCCACGGUGUGGCCCAUCGCCUUCGCUGCAGUUAUUGGUGCCCUUGUUCGAACUAUAGCUUUGUUUAAAGCGGAGAGAGGAACAAGCCUGGGUACUCUCGAAGUUCUGUUGGGUAGUCAAACCCUCACAAACACCCUCAAGAGCCCAUUCCUUAUCCGACUUCUUUCUCCCUGGACCUUCUUCCUAUUCAUCCUAUGGAGUAUUAGCCCGCUCGGUGGUCAGGCCGUUCUUCGCACUAUCUAUACUGCAGCGCACGCAGAAGGCAAGGCUUACCAGUUGAUGUACAGCCCUGCGGCAACUGUUGGAGCACCCCUCAACUACGGCCUUUGGGAGAGUGCAUCGUACAGAGGCACGACCCUCGGCACAAUUGUCCCCAUGUUCGGCGCCGCAUUGUCUGCGCCGAGCGCUCUUGGGCAGGCUGCCAAUGGCUCCAGCCCAAACUUUGACGCCGUGAUUGAAAGACUUGGAGGUGCUGUGGUAGCAAGCGCAGGUGCGAGAGCAGAUCUCUGGGGUAACGUGCGUGUGCCUGAGAUUACUUCUUUACCGGGAUACCGCUCAAGUGACCCGCAUAACUGGAUCCACGUCCCUACCGAUCAACUGGUGAAUUAUGAGUCUCUUGUUGGCAUUCCACUUCGAGGCAUGCCUACAGACUCCCCUGGAAACUUGACGCUCCAACUGUCAGCCGCCUAUCUGGCCCUUGAGUGCUCCCCGUGGUUUAACACAACGCAGUGGUUGUUGGACACCAAAGACGGUCUGUGGAUUCACAGAUACUCAAAUUCAAGUAUUCUUCGAGAAGAUAAUGUUGGCUUUGGAGGCGGUAGCCCCAACGUCUUUAUGGAUAUCCCGGGCCCCAACGGUGGCUUCAACUUCUCGUCCAAGGAUAUAACGAGCAAGGGAAACAUCACCCAGGGGACUUUGGUAUUUGGCAGUGCUCAGAACUCGACUAUCUGUGACAUCAGUCAUGUAUACGUCGACGUUGGCGUCGAAUGCGAACGAUCGCAACGACUUGGUACCAUGGCCUGCCUUGCGACUCAGGUUCGCCGUUCGCCCGGCUAUAAGAUUCCAAUGCCCGAUACAGACUUGACGGCGCUCAAUGGAACUGGACCAGCUGCGAUCUUUGCCGCUCUACCAUGGCUUACACCCUCUUACCAUAAUGGGUACAAGUCUCCCUUUGAGAAUUAUCUCGCCGACCCUGCUCAAGGUAUUGAAGCAGGGGAGGUAGAUGAGGGCGUCAAAGACGAGUAUACCAGCCUUUCGCUCGAGGUUUUCGCUCAGCGCCUUGCCUUGAUCAUCAAUACGGCGUUGCGCGUCUCUUAUUACAGUCCUGCUAUGUUGGGCUUUAGCAAGGUAAACCUCACGGCCAUCGCAGCCGCAGGAGCAGCUCCUCAAUAUUCAUACACAUACGGCAAUGCGACCGGUGAAUUCAUUACUACCGAAAGGAGAUAUUGGAUUCAAACGAGUUGGAUGGCCAUGUAUAUGGUGUCUCUUAUCUUGAUGAUCCUAGCUAUAGCCGCCGUGCUUGCGCUUAGAUUUAUCAUCCGAGCCCCCGACUUUCUUACCAAUGUCUCGGCAUUAACGAGGGACUCUGCUUAUAUCAAUGUGCCGGCAGGAGGAAGUACUCUGGCUGGUGAGGAGCGAGCGCGCUUACUCAAGGACAGACGGUUGAGGAUAAGAGAUGUACAGCCGGACCAAGAAUUUGGGUAUGCUGCGCUCGCAGAUGAUGUUGGGUACGAGUCGAAGAAGGGGUUGAAGCUGGAUGGUCGUGUUUACGCGUGA